AUGAAUACCCGCCAAACGUUAUCAAUUUUUACUCAAGGAAAUAAUUCUCAUCGACCAAGUCGUGUAAGUAUUACGACAACAUCAAUUAAUGAUGAGCAUGAUUUACAUAUAAAUGAAGUAAAUAAUCUACCGCUAAUUGAUCCACACCGACGUCGUUCAAGUCGAUUAAAUUCUCUUCGUUUUCUACCUGAUAAUAUUCUUCUUGCAGUAUUUUCUUAUUUAACACCACUUGAUCUUAUACGUUGUACACGUGUAUGUCAUCGAUGGCAUCUUCUCGUUUCUCAUCAUUCACAUUUAUGGCGACGUCUUUUUUUACGUCCGGAUUCUAGUAAUGGUUAUACUGGUGCUGUUCAUGUUCGUCGUUUAGAUUUAUUUAUUCAUGCAAUUGCGACACGUUUUAAUUCAUCACUUAUUUAUAUUGAUCUACCUAUCGAAUUAAUUACGAUAGAAGUUCUACGUGAAUUAGCAAUACGUUGUCCAAAUUUAGAAUAUUUAACACUUGAUUUUUCAUCAGCUAUGCAAUUACAUGAUUUUAGUGAUUUAAAUGAAUUUCCAUGUAAUCUUAAACGAUUAUGUAUUUGUUUAUCCGAAGUUAUUUUUCUCGAAGGUUUUAUGCGACGUAUCUAUAGUUUCUUAUCAUCAUUACGUACUUUACAUAUAAUUGGUACACUUGAAAAAUCUUCAUUAAUAUCAACAUCAUCACCAGAAGAAACAGAUAAUUAUGAAACAAUAAAUAUAAGUAAAAUCAAAGCAAAUGCACCAAAUUUACAUACAAUUAAUUUAUAUGGUGUUGGUUUUAUUGAUGAUAAUCAUGUUGAAGCAAUUGCAUCUGGUUGUAUACAUCUUGAAUGUCUUGCAUUAAAUUUUUGUACACAAGUAACUGGUACAAGUUUUAAAAAUCUUAUGAAUCGAUGUCGAAAAUUAAAAUGUUUAUUAUUACAAAAUACGGGUAUUCAAAGUGAACCAAUAAUGGCUGUUAAUUGGUCUACAACACAAAUUUCUGAAUUAGAUUUAUCAUCAACUGAUUUAAAUGAACAAGCUUUUUUAUAUUUUUUUUCAAUGAUAUCGAAAUUAAAUUAUCUAGCUGUUCCUUAUUGUGAUGGUUUUACAGAUGAAGUUUUAAAUUUAUUAAUGACUCGUGGUGUAUUAAAUGGAUGUCGAGCACUUGAUUUUAGUAAUACAGUAAAUUUAAAUAUUGAAACUGUUUAUCGAUUAUUAACAUCAUUUACUAAUGUAUCUUAUCAAUUAGAAGCAUUAAGUUAUACAGGUCAUAUUGGUAUAACAGAACAAUUUUGGAGUGAUUGUAUUCGAUAUCUUCAUCGAAUCAAAAUACUUGUUAUUGGUACAUCACAUAGUUGGUUUAAGCAAAUAACACGUCGUAUUCAUAUUGAUCAAAUACUUGAAGCAUGUGCUGUGAAUUGUCCUCAAUUAAGACGUCUCGAAAUUCAAUGGGAUCCAGAAACACUUCGUUUAAAUGAAAAUUCAUCAAAAUUUAUUGAUCAUCUUAGAAUACGAUGUAUAUAUUUAUCAUCAUUUGUUCUUUCGGAUGGACCCUAUUAUGAAGGAGUAAAAGCAAAUUUUGAACGAGCUGAACGAUGUGGUGUUGUACGAACAACAACUAUGUAUCAAACAAGCAUUGUUAGUGCUUUGAGUUUUUAUAAUGAAUUGAAAUUUAAUUAA